AUGGCGGCUCUAAGCAUCAGUGAUGUCUCAACCAGAUCCAGUGAUGAGCUGGACACAAUGACAACACGUGUACCAUCACGCGUUCAGUCUGAGGCGAACACAGUAGUGGGUGGUGAUGAAGAGGAGUUGGAGGCCGCUCGUGCUGCCUCGGUAGCCAUGGGCAUCACGUACUAUCCCACGGGAAAGAAGGUGCUCUCCAACGCCUCUCAGUGGGAGCCAACCAUAUUCAGCAGCUUGAACGCCUCUGAACUGCUGAGUCGACUGCGCAUCUGCUCUUGCAUUGACACUGAACGCAUGGAAAUGUUCCGAUGCAUAUUUGUCGAAGAGAAAGAUGAUUACGAAGGUUACGUGGCCUAUCUGAGAAGCCGCCUCGCUGCACAGCCUCGAAAUUACACACAGACAAUGCCUAUAAUGCAGGCUCUGGUUGACGAAAUGGAAGAAGAUCUGCGGGAAGCACAGAAUUCUUUAAACACUGUGAUCAGAAUUGCCGCAGAAGUGCACGCGCGUACACUCGAGCUAACCAAAGAAUACGAACAGCUGGAUGAUGAGCUGGUUCAGUUUGUUGAAAGAGAGGCUGCUGAGCCUGAGCAGAAUGGGCAAGAUGAAAACGAAGAAAGCGCUGAAGCAGCAGAAGGCAAAGCGCGCAAGGGCCUAAUUUGUGAUGCGGUUGCAGCAAAGGAAAAAGAGCAGAGAAAGCAGCUGCGCAUUAUCUUCACAGAACACAGAAGGCUUGAGCUAGUUGAAUACGGAGCUUCUGUAUUCCCCUUUAGCUUGAACACUUUUGCCCCUCUUUGGGGUGAAUCUGCAGCCAUGCCGCCACCACCCCUUCCUACUCCAGUUUCCCCCGCCUCUCCGUCAGAACAACGGACUCCCCGUAUACGCAUCGAAGAAUCUGCUGCUACUUUUGAUCCUCUUCAAGCCGCUGUAGAUACCCACUCGAGUCAGCUUCAACAGUUUCUGUUGCCAGAAGGGGAGGUGGAGGUGCCUGCGCCUGCAGCCGGCAGCCAGUUGCAGCUGUGGAUUACUCAGAUGGAAAACACAGGAACAAUAAAUGAAAGCUAUGAAACGUUCCGCAGCUUCGACAGCAGGGAGGCUUCAUGCGGAACGGAAGACAGUCGUCGUGGGCGUUCACUUCGCAGCCGUUAUGGUCCUUCAGGUAGGAACAGCACAGAGGCCGUUUGCCACGGUGACCCAUCUUUCACAUAUUCUGUUUACGACGGCAGCCCUUCAAGGCUAUCCGACUUCAGCGAUGACUUAGAUCAAGCAACAAUACUUGCAUGCCAAUUGCUGCGCUACACCCCCGUGCCAGUUGGAGCCAGAUCCGUAAGCAGCCCGCCAGCCUUGUCGAGAUCAAGGGAGGCACGGCCAUGA